AGACAAGCAUGGCAGUGGACGUCCCUGGACUGGUGGCCGUGAUGGGCUUUUAUAUAGUAAUCCUGGUCAUAGGGAUCUGGGCAUCUCGAAAAUCCAAGAAAGAGGAGAAGGCAUGUACUGGCAACAAGAGUGAAGUUACUAUUGUUGGUGGCCGCAACAUCAAUGUCCUGGUUGGAGUUUUCACCAUGACGGCUACAUGGGUUGGUGGAGGUUAUAUUAUGGGAACUGCUGAGGUUGUUUAUUCCCCUACUCAAGGUCUUAUUUGGGCUUUCGGGCCUCCUGCAUAUUUUGCCAAUUAUGUUUUAGGAGGAUUAUUCUUCGCAAAACCUAUGAGGUCAAAGCGCUAUGUGACCAUGUUGGACCCAUUUCAGCAUCGCUAUGGCAACAUGUUCACCACAGUACUAUUGCUUCCUGCUUUGAUUGGUGAUAUUUUAUGGGUUGCCUGCAUCCUUGCUGCUCUGGGGGGAACAAUGAGUGUAAUUCUUGGGCUGUCGUCUACAAUCUCCAUCAUUAUCUCGGCUGCUGUCUCCAUCGUCUACACCUUUUUAGGGGGUCUCUACGCUGUGGCAUAUACUGAUAUCAUCCAGCUUACCUUCAUCUUUUUCAGCCUGUGGCUCUGUAUUCCCUUUUUGAUACUCUCUCCUGCUGUUACUGACAUCUCACAAACAGCCCUUGUCAACCAAUCAAGUGGCAACUCAUGGCUAGGAGAGCUGGAGCUGGCUGAUGCAGGAAAAUGGGCAGAUGAGCUGCUGUUAUUGGCUUUAGGGGGACUGGCCUACCAAGCUCUACACCAGAGGAUCCUCUCUGCAGCCUCCUCUGCUCAGGCUCAAGUCACCUGUUUUGCUGCUGCUGGGACAAUUUUUGUAAUGGGAAUUCCUUCAGUUAUCAUUGGAGCUGUGGCUGCUUCUGCAGACUGGAACCAGACAGAGUAUGGGCUACCCCCUCCCUAUGAACGUGGGGAGGCAGGGAAGAUCCUGCCAUUGGCCCUGCAAUACCUCACACCCACCUGGGUGUCAGUGUUGGGCAUUGGUUCUGUGGCUGCAGCAGUUAUGUCCUCCAUGGACUCUGCGCUGCUGUCAUCAGCAUCUAUGUUUACACAAAACAUAUACAAGACGUCUUUGAGGAAGCAGGCCUCAGAGCGGGAACUGCAGUGGGUGAUCCGUAUUAGCGUGCUGGUGGUGGGCCUAGCUGGAACAGGCCUAGCCUUUGGUGAUGGCAGUGUGUUCAGUCUCUGGCUGGUAAGCGGGGAUCUACUCUACUGCACAAUCCUCCCGCAGCUCAUCUCCGUGCUGCACUUCCACUCUGCUAAUACCUACGGGGCUAUCAGUGGCUUCGUAGUAGGGGUGCUGCUGCGUGUGCUGAGCGGCGAGCCAUUACUUGGGAUCCCUCCUGUACUCCUUUUUCCUGGCUGGAGAGAGAAGGAUGGUGUUAUCACACAGUACUUUCCCUACAGGACUCUGAUCAUGCUUUCCUCUCAGAUGUGUAUUAUUAUAGUUUCCUGGCUGAUAGAGCUAGGCUUUCGUCAUCAAUUAAUUCCUCAGUCUUGGGAUGUACUGGGGGUGUUUGAAGAGAAAAAAGAGGAUAUACCUGAUACUCAAGAGACGAAGAACUGUAUUCUUAAUACAAAACUCUAGGCUUACCUUGAGUUCAACAUCAGCCAAAGUAUACACAAACCUGUCUUUAUGCUUAUUCCUAUCAGCCACUUUCUCUGCACAGACUAUUUAUACAUACACUUAUAUUGACUGUAUUUUACACAUGAUUAAAAAUAAAUCAAAUAUGAUUUAAAUACACCAAACUCUGACCAGCAGUAUGUUUGGAGUGAUUCAAGGAGAUAAUGGGACAUGAUGGGUGUCUCCUUUUUUGCAUAAUAUGAGUAACUAAAUGUUUUAUAUACAAAGUGGACUCAGGUGGCUUUACAAUCUGUACAGCAUACAACAUCUUCUAUUCUUAGACUAUUGAUUUAUGUAUAUACAAACAACCAAACCUUAAACAGGGAUCCCUCUUCCUGGACGGACAGAGCUGAAUAUGAUCAGGUGGAAGGUGGUAUGAACAGAGUAUGUUACCCUAGAAAAAAAAAAAUGUAAUCGCUAAUGGAAAUGCACUGAAAAAUUAGUUGAAUUUAAAGUUUGGAAGUUAAAUUGAAAAUAUG